GAAUACAACAGUUACAUUUUGACUUUUGUCAAAAAUAUGAACCGUUGCAUCAAAAUAAUAAUCCUAGUGCUACUCUGUACCGAUGUAUACGCGCUAUUUGGUGAUUCUCUGAAAAAACUUCGCCAAAAAGCAUCUGACAUUUACAAAACAAAACACAGUGGCAAAUUGCUGAACUUUUUAGGGCACGUAGCUUCAGAAUAUCCAGGGACCAAUGAGAAAUAUAUCAAAAUUAACGACGAUUUAUGGGAAGACUAUUAUAAUUGUUUAAAAAGGCAGGAAGAACGACUUGGACAGUAUUUGUCAAUGUCGCCCGAAGCAGUUCUGGGUUUCGUAGGUGGAAAUGUGAAAUUGUCAUGCAAAAUUUGCAUUAAUCCACAGGAAAAAGAUAAUAUAGAGUUGGUGGUGUGGGAAUGGGCCCCAAUAGGUGGCAAACAUCUAGAACCAGUUGAACUUCACGAAAAUAUUGUUUUAUCCCCCGAAGAAAAAACUCUUCAUCUCUACAAUUUAGAUAGCACACAUUCGGGGCAGUAUAUGUGUACCUUAGGUGAAUCUGCCACAAUUCCGUACUUUUUAACUGUCGUAAACUUAAACGAAAGCGACAUCGAUCAGGUUCAUAGCCCUGAAGCACCUUUCGGACCUUAUCCCAAGAAACCGCAAUUUUUGGAAGAAUAUGGUUUGGUACUAGACACUGAAUGGAGCGAUUGGUCGACUUGUAGUGCUUGUGGAAAGGUUGGAAAGAGGCAUAAGUUAGGCAUUCCUUGUAAAUCCCACAUUCUCCCUACUUCUAUUAAAGAAUUAAAAGCAGUAGAUUUUCGAAAAAACGAAAUCAUGAUAGGAUUUUGCAAAGUCGACUGUCCCACUAACGAACUGUUUAUUGUGAAGGACAAACAUGGAAAUAUUAUUGAACAGGCAAACAAUUCCGCAGGAAUUUACUCCAUGCUACAAUCAUUGCCUCCUCUAGAGCCACCGGUAGCCAGAAACAUGUUGUAUGUUGUUAAAGGAAAGACAAUAGUCUUAACUUGUCCAGGAAGCAUGAAUACAGACGCUCCAAUACACUGGCAAGUUGGCAACAAAAACUUGAUUCCGGAGAUAAUUUCUGCCGAAUCUAAAGGAAGAAUAUUCGUUACUAUUACAGAUAGGAUACAUAUUAAUGACGCUAGAAUAGCAGAUUCUAAUAGUUUCAGUUGCUGGCAGAGAGACGAAUUAGCCGGUACCAUACGUUUAAUUGUUGAAAAGAAAAUGGAGUUUAAUUUUAAUCACACUAUAAUGUUGAUAGGUGUUCUUAUUCCAAUGCCGGGCGCUACGAAUUUUUUAAAUGAAAUAACUGAAGAAGUACAACAAAAACUUAGUGAAAAUGGCAUCAUUACACCACAAGGAUUUCUUGUCAACGACAUUGAAAAUUUAAUAAAAAUAACUGGUAUGAGUGCCGAAGAAAUAAAAGAUCUGAAAAUUAAGGUUUCCCGAAGCAUUCACAAGCCGGCCAACAUUCUUAAAGCUAUAGAUUUGGUACCCUGUGAUAGGCUGUCCACAGGUUGCGUCAGUAUAGAUCGUAUUAUAAGAGGGGGCAUACCUCUCAGUGGAAUUACAGAAAUAUAUGGCUACAGUGGAGUUGGGAAAACACAGUUAUGUCUCCAAUUAGCACUUCAGGUACAGCUAUCAGUUGAAGAAGGUGGUUUAAACAAAGGAGCUGUUUAUAUUUGCACAGAAGAUGUUUUUCCAACUAAAAGGUUUCAUCAGAUGGCCCAAUUCUUUAAGAUUCGUCACAACUUGUCCAACAAAAACUUGGAAAGCAAUGUAUUUUUGAAACAUGCUUCAGAUAUAACUGAACUGACGAACUGUGUAUCCCAAGACUUACGAAACUUACUGAGAAGGGAAAGUAUUGGUUUGAUAGUUUUAGAUUCUAUAGCAGGUCCCUUCAAAGGUGAAAACGAGAAGGAAUUGCUACUGAGGAGUGGUGAUUUGAUAUCUUUGGUGGAGCAACUAUAUGUCAUACAGGAGGAAUACCCUGUUGCUGUUGUUUGUACUAACCAGGUCACUGAAACUAUUGAUGGCACUGCAAAUCCUUGUUUGGGAGUGGCUUGGAGCAACAGCAUUAACCAUCGAUGCCAAAUUUCAAGAUCUUCAAGAGUUUUAAGGGAGUUUAAAGUUAUUUUCUCGUCAGAUGUUCAGGACGGAAAAUGUUAUUUCCAUAUAACGGAAGAGGGUCUAAAGAGUGAUGAUACAUAACCAAGCCACAAUAUAUUUUAGCCUUUUUUGGUAAAUCCAUUGUAAGACUAUAAAAACCUGCUGAAUCUAAAGUGAUAUUCUGGAGGGAAAAUGAUUCUUUCAAUUAAAACAAAGUUUGGAAUGUAAAGAUUAGAAUUUUUGUUUAUAUAAUUACAUAUUUAUAUUUUUC